AUGGAAUCGACUGAAAAGCUCACUUCAACCUCUGUUACAGAGUCGGCUGUGAUUAAUGCGCCUCUGGACACAAUAUGGCCACUUCUUCGGCUCAAGGAGUUCGGAACCUUCUUCCAGGGCAUUAUAGAUACGGAUAUUCUUCCACCUGCUGCUGGAGGGAACGAUGAUAGAGACAUUAUUCGCUGGACGUUCGAUGAGGGGUAUACCUUAGAUGUGCAGGAGGAGGAAUAUUCGAAUAUUAAGCACUACAUGUCCUUCAAUAUUUUGAAAUGUGAGCCGUGGGGGCUUCCUUACACAAGUGUGCUGAGUGUGAUCCGGCUGUUCCCAAUCACAAGCGGAUCCUCUGCGGGACAAACAUUUGUACAGUGGAGCGGGCACUAUUCCAGCGAUGCAAGUGCAGAGGUUGUGCUUGACGGCCACGUGAAGCGCCGUGAAGCCUUAGCCAAUCUUGCAAAGGCCGUUGAAAAAUAAGGUUUUGCAAUCUUUUCUUUUUUCCCUUUCCUUUCCUUUUCCUUCUUUUUUUUU